UUGGAACUUUAGUGAAGAAUUCUACAACAAUUAAUUCAAUGUAGAUUCUUAACAAGAGUUUGAAACUUCAUUAUAGCCAAGAAUAGUAACUUCAAAUGGCAUGACUACAACACUAUAAAACAAAUACUAUACACAGAUUCACAUAUUGCACCUGUGUAACCCAUAGCAAAAAUGAAUUCUAAUCGGGAAAUAGUUAAAGUUGUUAUAUUGGGCAUCGCAAUAGGAGUGAUAAUUUGGAGAACUGCAAAAGUUUUACCCUCAAUACUCAGAUACUCCAAUACACCUUCGAAUAAUAGACAUUCAAUGAAGAAAAAACUUCAAAAGAUAAAUGAGAAAGGGGAAUACUUGCCAUUUUAUGGAUAUACUUGCAUUGCGAUGUGCAAAAAUAAUGACCAACUCAAAGAUCUGGAGAGAUUCAUAGCAUCGUCAACUUUGAAGAAAUAUUUUUCUCCACUUCCUGUAUCGUCAUACCACAUGACGCUGUAUAAUAUUUGGUGCCACAAAGAUUCUCUCAUACCUCCCAUAAUGCAAUGGAUGAACAGGACAGGGGUGAAUGAUUUAAACAGCAGUUAUUGGCUCCCUAAGGAAGCCUUACAUACAGAGCUAGAAUCUGCAGAUAAUCUAGCAAAAAAUAAGCUUUCAGAAAUUUCAGUUAAAGUCAUCCCAAAGCUAGAAUUUAGAUCGCCACAUCUCACUUUGUUUGUCGAUAUACUUGGACGUCAAGACAAGGAUAAAGUUGAUCAAUUCCGAAAUGAAUGCACAAAAAUAUUUGGUCAUGAUGACGAUGCUCUGAUGCAAAUAGGAUAUCACAUCACUUUGGCAUACCAAUACGAAGAAGUUGAGGAAGAAGAUAUAACACAGUAUAACAAGGACAUUCAAAAGCUGGAAAGCAUGAUAAAGAACUUGGGUGUAAUAAGGUUAAAGAAAGGAGGAGUUUAUGUUUUUCCAAGUAUGGAAAAAUUUAUACCAUACACAUCACAGUUUUUCUAAUGUGAUACUAAUGACUAAUAAAAAUAGUGGGCAUAUUAUUACAGGUCCUGUAUAUAUUGAUUGAUUCAUAUCCACCAUCUCUUUAUGGUUUAUAAUAUUAGACAGUGAGGAGCUCAGUCCAAGAUCCAAAUGGUUUGCAAUUUCUGCUGUAACAAUGAAACAUAGAGCCCGUAGCCAGAUGGUUCGAGUGAACCCCCCCCUGGCCAAAAAUUCUUUCAAAAUCAUGCUGGUUUUCAUCAUUCUGAGCAUUUAUAAGUGAUUUUGACCCUUUUUGGGCCAAAGUAGUGAAAGUGAACCCCAAUAAAUUUUUUAAAAAGGUGAAUCCCCUUGGCAAAUCCUGGCUACAGGCCUGAAUAUGGACAUUAAAAUUCUACACUGUACACUUCAACAUGUCUCAUGGAAUAGCUUUGAUCUCAUGCUGUGUUAUUUGUCCUCAAUAGUCAGAUAGUAUUAGGAUGAUUUGGUUAGACCCAACCCAGAGAAAAAAAGAUAUGGUAAAAGCUGUAAAACCUGAAUUGAGCCAUCAUCUUUUUAACAGUUAUUUUCUAGUAAGAUUAUUUGCAAAGAAGAGAUCAGACCAUUCAGAAUGGGACUGUAUAAAGUAAAACCCAUUCAGAUACUCUAGCAUCUUUCUGUUUCACCUGAAACAGGGCUGAGAAGAAAUGAGAUAUC